AUGCUCUGGACAGCAGCAGCGCUCCUUCUCCUCCCUCUCACGGGCGCCGUCGGGAGCAGGCUCCAGGCCCUUGCUCGUGAUGCACCGGCCCCAACCCUGCCGGACAGGAAGCCCUUUGGCUUUGCCUCAAUGGUGACUGGCGGUGGCGCCCCCACUCCGAACAACACGUAUGUGGUCGACAACAUGGUGGACCUCCGCACGGCUUUGAAGUUGGAAACGCCGCGGACCAUCUACGUCAAGGGCGAGCUCAAGGGCAGCGAGAUCAAUGAGACUACCACUGGUGAUUGCCAGUUCUACAUUGACUCGAGUCGGGUGCCGAACUUCAACUUCACGCUCUACAUCAUGGCCUUGAACUCGACAUACACCGAUGCCGUCAAGGCUGCUGAGGCGGCGGGCGAGGAGUUCGAGGGCAAGAAUGCGACGGAAUAUCUCAAUCUGCUGAACAAGCAGAAUGGAUGGAGGGGCCAAGCCCAGAACGUCCAGAAAAGCUGGGAGUCCAUCGACGCAAAGGGCGACCUGACGCUGGUCGGCUGGGACUCGGGCGGGUACCUCAACGGCGUGAGCCUCAACUUCAACACGCAGUCAAACAUCAUCAUCCGCAACCUCCGCAUCUCCCCGCCCCGGGACUGCUUCCCGUCCCCGGAGACCUACCCCUCGAGCUGGAACGCGCGGUACGACGCCAUCUCCUUUGUGACGACCACCAACGCCUGGCUCGAUGGUAACAUCCUCGAGGACGGGCCCGAGGCCGUCGCGCCCGAGCCGUUCCUCUGGGGCUGGCUGGUCGACCGCUACGACGGGCUCUUCGACGUCGAGGACGGCUCGGACAACAUCACGUUCAGCCACAACAUCAUCGCGAACCACCACAAGAGCCUGCUCUGGGGCGGCGGCGAGAAGGAGGGGCCCCGCGACAUCGGCAGGAUGAGGUUCACCGUCUUCGGGAACCACUUUGUCAACUCGAUGAGCCGCAACCCGCUGGUCCGCUUCGGCACCGUCUACAUCGCCAACAACGUCUUCUCGAACUACAACAACAGGAGCCCGCUCUACAACGACAACAGCAACACCACAGCAGCACUGGCGGCGGCGGCUCCAUCCCAGGGGCGCGCCGAGUACGCCCCCGACUUCCAGUACAACGUGGGGCUCUACAACAUGUCGUCCGUGCUCAUGUCGGGCAACUACUUUGACCAGACGGGCCAGUUCCCCGACGACGAGACGCGCAUCUUCACGUUCAGCAACCUCGCCACGCCCGACAGGCCGGCCACCCUGUGCUCGCCGCCCGACCUGUCCGCCGACGAGAUCGCGGCGAACCCGGGGCUCGAGGCCCUCGCCGCCCCCGCCAGCCAGCUGAACGGCAGGGACGUGAACCUGGUGGAGAACGUGGCCGAUAAAUUCGCGUACUACCUGACGUCCAAGACCGACUCGGUGGAGGGCGGCCUCGUGCAGAGCUGCGCCAAGUUCGGCGGGCAGGCGAUGCCGCGGACCUUUGGCUCGGGCUCGGACGUGUUGGCGUACGUUAAUGAGAAUGCUGGGCAGGUCGGGAGGAACAGGCCUUGA